CCCGUGGCUAACUAACAAGCUCCACGAUGACGAGUACGAGCAGCCACUCGGCCAGCAAGUCCUGAACCAUCUCGAACCGUCCCACCCUAUAACGGCAACCAUCCCCCCACCCCCCAUCCAAGAGCCAUUCUCCAAGGUGUUACAUGUGCCUUGGCGUUACGCCGGGGAUCGCAUGUCGUUACAAUAGCGACUUGUCGAUGUGUGUCUCUAUAUACAGUCAUUGUAUAUAAGUGACUGUUGGUCGUAUAGUCUCAAAACCGAGUUUUAACACACACACACACACACAUAUACACCACCUCCGCAUCUUUGCAUCAUAUCCGAUGGGAGUGCACACCAAUGCAAUUUCUUCUUCGUAUAUGCGAGGCAUAUUCACAUUUGUACAUACACAUCACCCCUUAACAUUGGUAGCCACGUCAAGACCUGCGGCCAGGAUACCAGGGAGAACCGGCCGGGACGCUGCGAGAUCCUGUAAACGAAAAGCAACUGCCAGUCUGGGGAUGUUCGACUUUUGAUCGGUCGCGGAGGAUGGGCACAGAGAGGCUUUUGGACAUUCUGUGCGAUGUAUGUGGUGACCGUAGCUCAGGAAAACACUACGGUAUCUACAGCUGCGACGGUAACGUCAUCCGCUAGUUGUUCAGGAUUUUUUAAAAGAAGCAUUCACAGUAAUCGAGAGUAUACCUGCAAGGCUCAAGGAUCAUUGAAAGGGCGAUGUCCCAUUGACAAAACUCACAGAAAUCAGUGUCGUGCUUGUCGCCUGAAGAAGUGUUUUGAAGCUCGCAUGAACAAGGACGCUGUACAACAUGAACGAGGACCGCGGAAAGCAAAACAACAUUCAGUGUUGUCGGACAGACAUCAACAGCCACCUUCAAUUUUAACGCAGCUUUCGCCUCAUCACAACGCAUCGCGCGUUGACAUUAAUUCAACACAUCCCUUCGUUCCACAAAGAAGAUUUCGAAUGGAUCACCGAUUUACACCGUACCCUAUACCACUUCGUAUUCAUAAGUCAUCUGAGGAUUCCCCUCCGCCUGCACCAUUGGCACUUACUCAUUCUCCAUCGACAACGACCCUCUAUCAUACAACGACAGUUACCGUCGCACCACCGCAACUUCUACAACUAAUUUUGGCCGCAGAGAAAUGCCAGGAAGUAGGCUGGAAUAGUAGUUUGCAGCCAGACCUGGAGGAAAUAGAACAAACUGAAACGGAAACAAGUCGCAGUCCAUCCGGGAUUGUCCCAAGUUUCAAUCCCACUUGGGAAGUUUUACAAGAAAAGACCGCUAGACUUUUAUUCAUGGUGGUGCAAUGGGUUAAAUGUUUGGCCCCAUUUCAAGCAAUUCCAGAAUGUGAUCAACGACUACUUUUGGAAAAAACUUGGACUCAAUUAUUUCUUCUUCAUCUCGCUCAGUGGUCCACAUCAUGGGAUAUCACUGGACUUUUGGAUGAUGAACAAGCUCGUAAAAGACUUCCAGAUAAUACUUCACGUCAGGAGCUUCGAACUAUUCAGAAAAUAAUGUACAAAUUUAAGCAAAUUUGUCCCGAUAGUAGAGAGUGGGGUUGCAUGAAAGGUGCAGUUUUAUUUACUCCAGAAGGCGAGGAUCUAAGUGCACCAGAAACAGUUGAAAUGCUUUAUAUUCAAGCACAUUCGAUAUUCUUCGAUUAUACAACGCCUCGAUAUUCACAUCAAAAAUUUUGGAAACUUAAACGUCUAUUACAAUUAUUAGACGAUGUAAAACCAAAGACAAUUGAACAUUUAUUUUUCCGUGAAACUAUCGGACAAAUACCAAUAGCACAUCUAUUAGAUAACAUAUAUAAAAUGGAACCUUAUACUCAAAAUAGUCAUUGUUAGGAGAAUUUUUGAUUUUUUUAAAAUAAUUUUUCUUUUGUAUAUGCGCGAUAGUAAAUAAAAAUAAAGGAUUUAUUAAUUUCUUUAGUGAAAUUUCGACAUUAUCAUCGAGAUGAAAAAAAGAGGACAGAAAUUUUCCUAAAGAUAAUAAUUUAAAGGAUUAUCAUUGUUGAGCGUUCAUUAUAAUGUGUAUAAAUGCUGUAACUAUAAAAUAUAUAUUAUAUUAGGAUUUAUAUUAUAAGUAUAUUAUAUCAAUAUUCAAAAAAAAUUUUCUAAACAAA